AUGGUUAGGGACAUUGUCAGACAUGGCCCAAUCUCGCCUAUAAUGGGGCUCAUACACCCAAGCUACUUCCUUCAGUGCGUAGCUCCCUUCCCAAUCCCCCCACUUGACAGUCCACCUCCAGUGCUAUAUUUAUGCACUAAUUUAUCAGCUCCCGCCUCCAAUGCGCAGCUACCUACCCCACCUCCCCGAAUGAUCGGUGAACGAAACUGUGACAUCUACAACCACUGUACGAAAAGUACGCGGUUAUUACAGCUGAGAGUGAUUUCCAUUCCCUUGGGUUUCCGUGUCCACCGGACUUCACGGUCGACUCACGCUUACUUUCACUUGACUUCCGAUAAUUCGUCGCGUCAACUACUGGUUAUUUACUCCUUUCAAUCUAGAGUCAUUCUGCAACCGACACCAUCCAGCAUGUUUUCAAGUGGAUAUAGUCAAGAUAAGCUCUAUGAUGCAUUAUUCCAACUGCGGUAUUCGUCGAAACAAUUCCUACGGAUGUCGGGCAAGAGUGAAAGGGAAGCAGAGCAACAAAAAGCUAAAGUUAAAAAAGCACUUGUUGACAAAAAUCCUGAUAUUGCGAGAGUUUAUGCGGAGACGGCUGUUCGCAAACACAACGAAUCCGUGAACUUUUUACGAAUGGCUUCCAGGAUUGACGCUGUCCAUAGCAGAGUUCAAAGCGCGGUGCAAAUGAAUGAGGCCGUGAAAAAUAUUGGAGGUGUUUCGAAAGAACUAGAGAAAGCUAUGAAGUCCAUGGAUCUGGAAAAAAUUGAAAAGAUCAUGAAUAAAUUUGAGACGCAGUUCGUGGAUCUCGAUGUCCGUUCGGCGACUAUGGAGAACUCUAUGGGCAAUGCAUUUACGUUAUCUGCUCCCGAGGACCAAGUCAGGGACUUGCUUACCAAGGUGGCUGCUGAGAGCGGCUUGGAGGUCGGCGCAGCCCUCGAUAAGGUUCAAGUUCCCUCUGGCAGUGUGACUGACGAGCAGGCCAGACAGGCCGAUGAGGAUGCGCUCAGUCGCAGGCUUGGGCAACCUGGCAGUAUCCCAGCUUUCGUGCUUCCGUCAGGUAGCAUGGCAGCUAGGCACCGGAAGGGUGAUACAGCUGAACGUUACGUUACUUACACUAGAAAGCCUUAUAUUGGAAAAAAAAAUAAGGUUGACCGGAGUAUAUUCUGCCAGCAGUCCACAGUCAAUUCUCAUUCAACAGAUUCAAGGGCAUCAGGAAAGUAUGCGAAUCAGACAACUGUGGCUGCUGAUGUUUGGAUCAUGUAA